ACACAAGUGUCCUGUUUGGAGGAUGCUGCAACCAAAUGCACUGCGGUAAAAAAAAAAAUAUAACGACAGACAGGGGGCGAGAAGUCUAUUAUUCGCAAUGCAACCCUGGGAGAAACAUCUCUUCUAGGCCUACAAAUCCAGGGUCAUUUGAUGGGUGGAAUCAUUUUUGCCACUCAAAAGGAUCAAUAAUAAUAAUCCAUCAGAAGGAACAGAUAGCCUACAUUUCCCCAGGAAAAAGGACAGAUCGGCAUAAGGAGGCAAUUUUGUUCAGAAGGGACAACGUGAGGACAGUAAAAUGUCAUUUCGGAGGAAGCAACUUCAGUCCCUACCAUUUCUUACUUUGCUCAAACAAAGUCUUUCUGGAUAACAUCUCAAAGGAAUAUCAUACUCUCAAGUGUUCAAAGAGACUGUUGGGAUAUUUUUUGAUAGCUUUUGAGGCUUCUCAGCCCUAGGAUCUGUACUAUCAUUGCUACAUUACACCCGAGGACAUGUCUGCUGUGCGGCUGCUGCUCCUGUCUCUGCUUUGUGCCCUCUUUGUGUCCCUGUGCCAUGGGGCCUGUUCAGAGGUGGACUCGGACACUGAGGCCGUUGCAGGCAAAGGGUUCAAACUGGGCUGCAUCUCCUGUAAGAUGAGGCCCGAGGUGGAGGCUUCUGCCACGGUCGACUGGUAUUUCAAGGCCAAAGGGGAAGCUGACUAUGCACAUAUAUAUAAUUACAAUGAGGAGGGCCCCCACAUUGUGGAUGAGCGCUUUGAGGACCGCGUGGACUGGAACGGCAGUAAGAGGAGCCAAGACAUACAGGAUGCGUCCAUCUACGUCUUCAAUGUCACCUUCAAUGACUCGGGCACCUACCGUUGCUUCUUCCACCGGCUCCUGACGUACGAGUUCUACGAAUACCAGACCGUUGUCAGCAAGCUUGUGCACCUGAAAGUGGUGGCUAAAGCCACCAGAGGGACAGCCUCCAUAGUCUCUGAGGUGAUGAUGUACGUGUCCAUCAUCGGGCUACAGGCUUGGCUCUACAUAGAGAUGGUAUACUGCUUCAGAAAGAUCUCAGCUGCAGGAGAGGAAGCAAUAAGAGAAAGCGCGAAUGCAGAAUAUUUAGCUAUUGCCUCGGAGAGUAAAGAUAACUGUGCAGGAGUGCAAGUGGCAGAAUAAAACAGGUAUAUCAUGAAAAAAACUGUUAUCAGCAAGUAAAAGGAUACGUAAACUCAAAGCAUAAACAAUGGAAAUGCAGCACAGCGCAUAGUAGCCUACAAAAUUCAAGUAUCGGAGUGAUAUUUGCAAUGGGCACAGCCAAACAAUGUAUGUGAUGGAUUCGACUUCCACUUUAUAUCCCUACUGCAGCGUGCUGGUGGCAAACUUUCCAGAGUCAAUGAUUUGAAAGAGUCAAUUCAUAGAGUAUAAAAGUCAAGUAAACAGUUUUAAGUAAGUGUAAGUGUAUAAGUAUUAUUUUAUUUGAUUGAAGUGCGCUAAUGUUAGCUAGACCUUCUAGUAGGCUGGUUCUGUUGUGGUAGAGUUAACUAAGGCCUGGGCCAUCCACCAAGCCAAUAACUCUAAUGUUGACUACAAUGAUAAACUAUUGGCUACAUAACUAUAAAACAUUGGUGAGCUUCCAUCCUAGAGGAAAGCUGAUCGUUUAUCAUUCUACAGUCCUACACCUGUCAAUCAACUGAUCAAAGCAGUCUACUGCAGGCUGCCUAUUGAUAAGGUGGUAACACAAGACCAUUCACGAGGUCUCUAACGCACAGACAGGCUACUGGUUCAGUGACCAUUCAGUACUUUUAGGGUGUGUACAUUGUCAACUGCAAAUAAUAGGCUACUUCAAUGUACAUGUAGGCCUAGUGAAAAAUGAUAUAGUAACUUGUAUUUAAAUGUAGCAAUUCAACAACAAAUGCCAUUUAGCCUGCACAUAUUGUACUGCAUGCCAUUGCCUUUUUGCUCCAGUGGUUUGCAAGUGAUUUCCAUUUUUGUAAUGGUUGUCAAUUCCUUUGGGUCUUCUUUUUCACUGUGCUCGUCUCUGUAUGUUCUGUGCAACUUUUUGCAAUGCAUCAGUGCAACAAUCGUAUCAUAACUGGCCAAAAGUAAUCACACCAAUGCACUUUCCCUCAAUUUUCCUCGACGUGCAUUUUCUAUGCUGUUGUAUGGCCUGUUUUACAUUCCGCGAUUAAGCAAGAACAAUCAUGCUUCUUUCCCCGAAUAAACUAUUAGGCCUAGUAUAAAAAAAAUCUAAAUGUCUAUAGCUUUUGUAGACUAUAACUUUCACUAGGAUUUCACACGAAGAGGAAUGGCCUAUUUCGGAGAGGCUUGCGGCAUAUAGCCUGUUGCGCACGGGAACAACUGGAAGAGAGAGGCUAUUGAUGUUUAGCCGGAAUAAGAAGCGAAAUAUUAGCUAGAUAUUAGGCCAUUCACUAGCUAAAUAUUAAACUAUAGGCUAAAUAGUUACCUGUCAAAGUCCGAGAAAAAUAAAUUAACAGAUUAUGAUAUGGCAGAUCUGUAGUGCGUUCCAGCAGGCUGCGCUCCGUUGUCCCCAGGCACGCAAAGCUCCACUAUUGAUUAGUCCCAGGCCUACGUUUUUAAGACAAGAAAAUAAUUAUACCUGGCCUACAACAACGCAGUGCAAUGAGUAAUUAAUUAUUGUUAUUCAGUGAAUACGAAACUAUUGUCCGUGGGCUGUAAACUGCAGUGAUGUAGGCUAAUCUGAAUAACUGCGCACAAAUGCCGAAAUAACUGCAUAGGUCAACAGCGUGGGCCUGAUUAUACAACCAUUUUGGAUCAAUUUGGGUCUAUCCUCAACAGUGUAUAAGGUCCAGAAAGAUACAUUAGCAGGCCACUCAUAUGUGUGAACCUAUUUUGUCAGGAUGUAGCCCUGUGUUAAGAUAGGAGUAGCCUACUAUAAAUAUGGACUGCUCUUUUCCAUCUCCCCGCCCGUUAAUGCUGUAGCAUAUUUUACAUUCAGCAAGCAAGAGCAAGCGUGCAUCUAAACUCCAAUGGGCUAUUAGUAGGCUAAUGAAAAUACGUUUAAACAAGUGUCCAACAAGCUUUUGGCUUUUACUGGGACUCCACAACAUUUAAAAGGAAUAGCCGUGACAGCGGAGAGGCCAGAUGCAUAAUUUCGCAACAGAACAAUGAAGACAGACAGGCUCGACAUGUACCAUAUAGCUUAAGUUAGAAGCGUGUGGAUAUUAGACCAUAAUUCAUAAGACCAAUGUUAGGCUUAAUACUGCAGUGCAUAUAUCCAGUCAAAGGGGGAAAAAAGUGUAUCAUUAAAAUAAAGCCUAGGUAGUUUACAAUAUUGGCGCGCUCCCUCCCAGUACCCAGGUACGAUGCUCGAAAAGAUACCCUAUUGUUUCAGUUUUGUAGGGACAAGCAAUGUAUCCUGUAUAGGCUACAACAACACAAUGUAAUGAAGAAUGUUAUUGUUUUCAAGUGAGUACAACCUCUAGUCUAGGCUGUAAACAGCAGUGAAUAGCCUGUCAUUUGAAUAACCACUCAAAACCUGGCAUUUAGAAUGCAUAUUCAUUUUGAAGUAAGCGCAUCUAGGUUGCCUGAUUGGGCAACCAUCUGGAUCAGUUAUGCUUUUUUCCAAGGCAGUUUAGCCUAAAAAGUCCAGGCACAUUAGCAGGACAGUAAUAUGGUGUAUUUUGUCAUUAUGUAUCAGCUAACAGAAACCUACUAUUAAAUACAGGGAUUUCUAGUGGUGCACAUAUGAAUUGUGAUCAUGCAUGAGCAUGGAGGAAGUUGUAUCCAUAGUUUCGGGAUUUGGUUUCUGUGUUUUAAAAGUUUUCAAAAAUGAGGUGGAUAUCGGUCAGCUAAUACACACUACUUUUGUGAGAAACAUAUAUAUACUUUUUUUAAAUGUCUUUUUUUGAUUAUGGUUUUUCAGGGGUGCUUACACACAAAAGCAUGUUUCUAAUUCAAAUAAUUAAUCAUUGUGUGUCCUGCAUCAAGGUAUUUUUUUCAGUUGUAAUGAUCGGUCUCUAAAGUGUAUGUACAUUUAUAUUAAGAGGUAUUGUGAGAGAAUUAAUCUGAUUGAAUGGCUAUCAAGAUAACUUUAUCACACACUGUAUUUCAGUUUUUUUUUCUCCCAAUGACUUGGGUGCAAUUUUCACAAGUAUGUGGUACAUUUUCACAACUCUAAUCACAAAAAUCAUGUUUCAAAACUCUAAGCACAUUUCCCAUUGACUGAGUACAACAAACAAAUUCAAAGUCACUAGUUCACUGCACCAAAGCACUCUUUCAAUUUGUAUACAUGUUCAAUCUAAGUAACUGUUUUUCAAAAUGCAAUAUUCACUUUGCUGUUGAUAUGAUUUUCUUGUCAUUUGUUAACACAAUUCACUUAAUCAUACUGCUCAAAACUGAUAAAUACUGAACCACAAUUAUGUAGUGCCUAGUUAACGUAUGUAGUUUGAUAACUGCUGAACACUGAAAAAUGAUAUACAAAAUGUAUCAAUUUGACAUCAAUUUAUGGUGGAAGGUAAAACAAAUCAUAUAUGGAUAUGGCUGUAAAUACUACAUCAUAAUUUUUUCCCAUCAGCCAGUGUGCUUCAAUAGGACAAAAUCGAAAAGAGUCAGUCUACAUGUACACCACCGUUCAAAAGUUUGGGGUCACUUGUGUUAGCUAAUCCAUGUUUAUAAUUUUAAAGGGCUAUUUGAUCAUUAGAAAACCCUUUUGCAACUAUGUUAGCACAGCUGAAAACUGUUGUCCUGAUUAAAGAAGCAAUAAAACUGUCCUUCUUUAGACUAGUUGAGUUUCUGGAGCAUCAGCAUUUGUAGGUUCGAUUACAGGCUCAAAAUGGCCAGAAACAAAUAACUUUCUUCUGAAAUCCGUCAGUCUAUUCUUGUUCUGAGAAAUGAAGGCUAUUCCAUGGGAGAAAUUGCCAAGAAACUGAAGAUCUUGGACCAUGCUGUGUACUACUCCGUUCACAGAACAGCGCAAACUGGCCCUAACCAGAAUAGAAAGAAGAGUGGGAGGCCCCGGUGCACAACUGAGCAAGAGGGCAAGUACAUUAGAGUGUCUAGUUUGAGAAGCAGAUGCCUCACAAGUCCUCGACUGGCAGCUUCAUAAAAUAGUCCCCACAAAACACCAGUCUCAACGUCAACAGUGAAGAGGCGACUCGGGAAUUCUGGCCUUCUAGGCAGAAUUCCACUGUCCAGUGUCUGUGUUCUUUUGCCCAUCUUAAUCUUUUAUUUUUAUUGGCCAGUCUGAGAUAUAACUUUUUUCCUUGCAACUCUGCCUAGAAGGCCAGCAUCCCGGAAUCGCCUCUUCACUCUUCACUUUUGAGCCUGUAAUCGAACCCGCAAAGGCUGAUGCUCCAGAUACUCAACUAGUCUAAAGAAGGCCAGUUUUAUUGCUUCUUUAAUCAGUACAACAGUUUUCAGCUGUAAUACCAUCAUUGCAAAAGGGUUUUCUAAUGAUCAGUUAGCCUUUUAAAAUGAUAAACUUGGAUUAGCUAACUGUUAGAAAUUCACACUCUAUCUAUUUCAUAAUAAGUUGUAAAUUUAUCAUUUGCAUGAAAUAGAAAGGGACCAGUCUUAAAAACAAGUUCAGCAUUUAUUCUUGAUGAGUACUGACCCAAAAUACAAAGAACAUUUCAUUUUAAAGAGAAGAUCAAAAUGACGUCAUCAGUUCUCACACUUUCUUCGAUCCACACAAUAGCGCAGUGUCUUCAGGUCUGGAGAUUGUCUUCUACUCCCCUCAUAAAACAAACAUUCCAAUCUGUCUAAAAGAUAUACUCUUCUCCACUAAUGGAACAUCCAAGAACAUUUUUAUCUGUCUAAAGAGAUAUACUCUCCUUCUCCCUUAAACCCACAAGGUACAGACAAUUCAUUAGUUUUACCUACAUUUUCAGUCCUAGUUUAACAAAAAAAACAUACAUUUCAUACCACAACAUAAUAGUAUUAAAAUCAAUGGUUCUAAUUUAAAAUGUAUACAUAAUUAAUCAUUUCAACUAUAAUUUUCUCCAACACUAACACAACGUUCCGUUGGAACAAAGGAGUGAUGGUGGCUGAUAAUGGGCCUCUGGUUCGCCUACGUAGAUAUUCCAACUACAAUAGUCAUUUACAACAUUAACAAUGUCUACACUGUAUUUCUGAUCAAUUUGAUGUUAUUUUAAUGGACAGAAAAAAUGUGCUUUUCUUCCAAAAACAAGGACAUUUCUAAGUGACCCCAAACUUUUGAACGGUAGUGUAUGUGCUACCAUUUGGAAUUAUACUGCAGUGUACACUGCACUGCUGAAAUACAUAGGUCUGGGUUGUAUAUAGCAAUAGAUUCCACUCAUUAUCUGAAUUUCAUUGAAACACUGUAAGCUGAUGAAUUUCAAGCAGAGAGAGAGGUGAUACUGUGUCAGUUGACAAGUCCUGUAGAAAAGGUGAUCUUGUGCAAUGUUGCAUGGGGCAGUGCUAUGUUUUUACAACUGCCAACUGCUUUACAAUAUCCCUAUUUCUGAUGAAUUGUCCUACGUACAUUAUCUAUACAAAAGUAUGUGGACACCCCUUCAAAUUAGUUCAGCUAGAGCUGAAUCCUGUCAAUUGUAAGUGCUGUUGUUGUAAGGAGCAACAACGGCUCAGCCACGAAGUGGUAGGCCUCAAGCUCACAGAAUGGGACCAGCAAGUGCUGAAGCGCAUAGAGCGUAGAAGUCGUCUGUCCUUGUUUGCAACAGUCACUACCAAUUUCCAAACUGCCUCUUGAAGCAACGUCAGCACAAUAACUGUUUGUCGGGAGCUUCAUGAAAAGGGUUUCCAUGGCUAAGCAGCCACACACAAGCCUAAGAUCACCAUGUGCAAUGCCAAGCGACGGCUGGAGUGGUGUAAAGCUCGCCGCCAUUGGACUCUGGAGCAGUGGAAAAGCGUUCUCUGGAGUGAUGAAUCACGCUUCCCCCUCUGACAGUCCGAUGGACUAAUCUGGGUUUGGCGGAUGCCAGGAGAAGUCUACUUGCUCCAAUGCAUAGUGCCAACUGUAAAUUUUGGUGGAGGAGGAAUAAUGGUCUAGGGCUGUUUUUCAUGGUUCGGGCUAGGCCCCUUAGUUCCAGUGAAGGGAAAUCUUAGCGCUACAGCAUACAAUGUCAUUCUAGACCAUUCUGUGCUUCCAACUUUGUGGCAACAGUCUGGGGAAGGCCCUUUCCUCUUUUAGCAUGGCAAUGCCCCUGUGCACAAAGCGAUAUCCAUACAGAAAUGGUUUGUUGAGAUUGGUGUGGAAGAACUUCACUGAACUGCACAGAGCCCUGACCUCAACCCCAUCGAACAUCUUUUGGAUGAAUUGGAACGCUGACUGCGAGCCAGGCCUAAUCGCCCAACAUCAGUGCCAGACCUCACUAGUGGAAGCUGUUAUAGCAGCAAAGUGGGUACCAACUUCAUAUUAAUGCACAUGCUUUUGCAAUGAGAUGUUUGACGAGCAGGUGUCCACAUACCUUUGGUCAUGUAGUGUAUGUAUGUAAUGAAACUGUAAGACUGACAUAUUUCUCAACAUGCUCACAACCUGCCAUUGGAUACAAAUUAUUUUAAAAUGUUACAUGUCAAGUUAUAGUCAAACUGCAUGGAAAAUCAUAUUUACCAUUUCACUCUAUUCAUCACGUUAAAAAUAACUGUUUUGACAUUUGUAUCUUGUAUUAUUUGCUAAUGGAUUUAAUAGUAGUUAAAAUGACUAAAUUGUGAACAUUAACUGAGGUAUUGCUGACUAAGCAAGUAUUAGUAUUUCAUAGAACUUAGAUUUUGCAUGAAUGACUCAGGGGCGAAAGACCCCAAUGAAUGCACAAUCAAAGGUUCUGAACAUAAGAUAGGGGGUAUUACAAGUGUUGUCAGUUUAGAGUCUUGUACUUAAGUUUGGAAAAUUCACCACAUGCUUAUGAAAAUAGCACCAAAGCGAUUAAAGAAAACGUAAAUCAAUCCAUCCACUCCACCUGUUGUAUGUCUUAUAAAUUAUGCACAAUCAUCAUGAAAUGUACUGAACUUCAAAAGGUAUUUAUAAUAGAAUGUGAUCGACUAUGAUGUCUUCUCAGUUAAUUUGGUCUUGCUAAAUGUACAUGUAAUGAAGACAUAGGCCUACAAUGUACAAUGUUAUGUGAUUAUAAUGACAAAUAAAAUCAUAAAAUCAA